AAAAACUAAAAAAAAUAACAUAGGGCAGGGGUGGAAAAAAGUCUCACUCGCAAGUCAGAGGCUAGCUGAAGAAACCAUCGGAAUGGAUAUGGGGGAAAACCAGUACAAACGAGCGAAGAAUGGAGAAUAAACACAUAUUUUGCGUGUGAAAUUUACAACUCGAAAGUAGUACGGGCCGUUUUCAGGUGGCUGAAAAAAAAAGUGUUUCAAUAGUAGCGAGUGUUUGCGACAGAAGUGCGGCGCUUGAACGCGCACAUUUGCCGAUGGUGUCGCUUGGGAAAUAAUCAAACCCAGCAUUGUGUAGUGUGAGAAAAAUAAUUCAUCAAAUAAGGAAGCGCCCAACAAACGGCCGGCGUAUUUAUUGCAAAGUGAGUGAGUGUUCAGAAGCCGGGAACAAGUUCCAUCCAACCAUCCGAUAUCAUGGGAACCAAGAUAGAAUACGUCGACUCGAGCCAUAUGUACGCUACCAACUACAUCAGGAACUCGAAAGCAAUCGCGGUGCUUUGGGCGAUCUUCAGCAUUUGCUAUGCGAUCAUCAGUGUUGUUGCAUUUGUCACACCUGAAUGGGUUGGAGAUUCAGACUCGGAUACCGGCGGUCGGCUUGGGCUGUGGCAAACUUGUCAGAAAGACGAUCUAAACGACAGUUGUAGCGGUAAAUUGGAGGAUUUGCUUGCAAUGCAAUCAAUUGCUUUCCAGGUGGCCACAGUGUUUUGCGGUUUGGCGGUUGCGACAUCGGUGCUGGCAAUUUGCUGUCUUUUGCUGAUGGCGCUUAUGAAAUCGACUACCGUUUUUCACAUCUGCGGUUGGAUGCAAAUGCUUUCCGCCCUUUGCAUGGUCAUCGCGUGCGUCUCGUUCCCCUUCGGCUGGAAUUCGGAUGAGUUUAGGAAGAUCUGCGGCCCAGAGUCGAACCGAUUCGAGGUUGGUCUCUGCGGGCUACGAUGGGCGUAUCCUCUAGCAAUCAUUGCUUGCAUUGAUGGAUUCAUCCUAGCCACUCUGUCGUUUAUCUUGGCAACCAGACACGUCCGCCUGCAACCAGAGCCGCAGUACCAGAGUAGCAUGUAUAAAGGUGAAAUCAACAACGCCUACGUCACGGAUGCCGUUAGUAUUGCCGGUUCCCGCAAGUCGUUGAACCUGCAGCCGGUCCUGUUGGUCGCACCACCUCAUCAUCACAUGAUGACCGGGAACGACACAAUGUCCAGUCGGACGGCCAGUCGCUACGGUCCCCCACGGCCGGAUUUUCACAGCUCACUGCACCAAUUUCAGCUGUGAUAAAACGAUACACAAUAAUUAAGAACGUAGACCAUAGGUGUUUUGGAGGAAACAUUCUGUUACACUGCUGCUAAUUACCGUUGAGUUCAAAUUUUACUAUACCGAAGAAUAUUUCGAAUUCCCAAAUUGUACGACGAAACGUUACUUCCGUAACACCUUAGUUGUUAGCUUGGAUAACAACCCCAAUUUAUCAACGAUGGCGCGUGUUGCGUUCAAUCGGAAACAAUCUUGCCUGCAAGUCAACGAUUCACGGAGCUGUCGCGAUAGCAGUGCUGGCAGACAGCAGAGCAAAUAACUGCAUUUUAAUUUAUUUUCCAAUUGAAUCACAUCCUUCUGAACAGCAAUGCCAGCAGGUAGAGUAAAUAUAUAUACAAGUGUAUUUCUUUUACCUCACAUUUAAACUCAUCCCUUCAUACCGAGAAGCGAGCAGCCUGCAAUUUCUCUUCUAUUUUAUAAUUUGUUACUUAGAAUUUUAUUUUAGGAUAGAUUUUUAGCAAGAAUUAUACGAAAUUUUAUUUUUCAAA